CAUGGUGAAGCAGUCGGACCGAGCCCCGCUGCUGGACUGGGAGGAGAUCCCACCGCCCGAGCCGAACCGGGCGGGCCCGCUGCCGCCGCCGCCGCUGCCGCGUUCGCAUUCGCAGCCGCCGCGGGAGAAGGAAGACGCCCCGGCGGGGAGAAGCUCGCAGCCAGCCGGGCCUGGUCCUGGUCCUGCCGGGCGGAGCUCGACGACAACAACCACCACCACCGCCGCCGCCGCCGCCAACCGCUGCGUCCCGCCCGGGAAGCGAGCGACAGCUGUCGUCGCCGGCUGCGGGGACGGAAGCCCGGCGCGCCCGCGGACCUACCUCCGCCCGGCGGCGGAGCCUCCCGGCGGCGCGGGCGGCCGCGUGCCCUUCCCCGGCCUGUCGGCCAGGGAUCAGUGGGAGGAGAAGGACCAGAUCGUGGCCGUGUUCGUGGUCACCUUUGACACGAGAUCAGGGAAUAUGGUCGAGUGGUGCCUGCCUCACGACGUCAACCUGGACGGAGUGGAAUUCAAGUCGAUGGCCAGCGGCUCCCAUCGGAUCACCAGUGACUUUAUAUAUUUCCGUAAAGGCCGUUACUUCGGGCUGGCCUGUUUCGCCAACAUGCCCGUGGAGAGUGAGCUGGAGAGAGGCGCGAGGAUGAAGUCCGUGGGAAUCCUGUCUCCGUCCUACACGCUGCUUUACCGCUACAUGCACUUCCUGGAGAACCAAGUCAGACACCAGUUGCAGUGUCCGGGCCAGUAUUCCCCACUGGAGGCCUUCUACGAGGACAAGAAGGCCGUCCUCCCGCCGACAGGAAAUGGCCUGGUCACUGCCUGUCCAACCUGGAGUGUUACCACCAUCAACCGCUGCAUGCACCCAGAAAUGAAGAUCACCCACCCGGCCGGCUGCAUGUCGCAGUUCAUCCAGUUUUUCGGCGAGCAGAUCAUGGUGCUGUGGAAGUUCGCCCUGCUGAGGAAACGUCUCCUCAUCUUCUCCCCGCCGCCCAUAGGUGUGGUCUGCUACAGGGUGUAUUGCUGUUGCAGCCUGGCCAACGUGUCUCUGCCCGGAAUCGGCGUCUCUGUGCCCGAACUACGGCCUUUCUUCUACAUCAACGUCGCCGACAUCCCCACCCUGGAGACGGAGAUGUCGUAUGUGGCCUGUACCACAGAGAAGAUUUUCGAGGAGAAGAAGGAGCUGUACGACGUCUACAUCGAUAACCAGAAUGUGAAAACGCACAGAGGCCACUUGCAGCCGCUGCUCCGGCUGAAUGCGGCGGAUAAGGAGAAGUACAGGAAGCUGAGUGAACAGAGGCAAUUGUUGCUGUACUCUCAGGAGGUGGACGGAGACUGCACGUCAAACGAAGAGGAUCUUUUCAUCCUGUUCUUCAUGGAGCUGAACAACCGCAUCUUCCAGACACUGACCGAGUUGGCGGCGAGCGCCGAUCCCAUCCUGACCGCCGAGCACGUGAGAGCCAUGGGGCUGGAUCCCCAGGGCGACCGCACCUUCCUGGUCGACCUGCUGGAGGUGUACGGCAUCGACGUCACCCUGGUCAUAGACAACCUCUGUUGUUCCUGAGGCUCCUCCCCCUCACUCACUCACUCACUCAGCCUGGUAAAACUCAGGAUGUCACUGGAUUAUUUGUGCCUUCAAGGCCCACACACACACAAACACAUACACACACACACACACACACACUGAAGACACUGCCUCCACCCCUGGGGCGUCAUCUGUUGCCUGCUGUACCCUCCUGGGUGUGUGUUUCCCCCCCGUGUGUGUCUCACCUGACCUGUGGAGACUGUUUCCGGCCGGCUGUGGAUCAUAAAGACACUAAACGUCGGUGCACUGGUCCACAGUGGCUGCCUGCGCACCCUUAUAACCACAUCUUACAUCACUCCGUACCGUGCGGGUCUAAAUACCUUUUCAUUUGGGAAUUAUAGCGUCCGUGAUGUGCGACAGAACUCAACGACUUCCCGGACAUCUGCUGUAAUAACCGUAACCUAGGUGUUAGAAAUACGUGUCUUUGCUCUUGUGACGCUACUGUUUGGAGUCAGAAAAACAAUGAAAGCUUUUUGACCACUUUAUUUGCCUUUAAAAAAAGAAAGCAAUAUGAAUCUGUGUCGGCUGAAAGUAUCCGCCUUUUUUCAUAUAUAUAUAUAUACAUAUAUAUUCAGCCACACAAUCGUAUGCUUACUUUUUCUUUCACGACUGAAAGGGAGAGGUGAAUUUAAACUGAAAUAUGCUGAGAGUGAUGUCCUCUUUCCUUUUUUUUAUUAAGGGUUGAUUAUUCUGAAGGGACAAGCUGCUUCGUUCACCUUUUUAUGCACCUUCAACACGAGGUAGAUCUGAAAGUGUCUCUGUUUGAUCGGUGAUGUGAGGAGGGGGUGGGGGGCGGGGGGGCAUACUGGGAAUGUUUUGUCAUGUUGUGCGACUAAUUUGUCGAAAUUGACAAAAGGGAUAAUUAACGAAUGUGACUCGAUAUAACACUAACUCGUUGUCAAUGCUGCACCUUGUCCACCAGUUGGACAACUUCCUGAUGCACACAGUGAUCAUGCCUAACUAUGAUGUUUUUUUGUUUUUAAUGCUAUGUUACAGUCUGAGCCAGCAAUUUGUCGUGUGUGUGUGUGUGUGUGUGUGUGUGUGUGUGUGUGUGUGUGUGUGUGUGUGUGUGUGUGUGUGUGUGUGUGUGUGUGUGUGUGUGUGUGUGUGUGUGUGUGUGUGUGUGUGUGUGUGUGUGUGUGUGUGUGUGUGUGUGUGUGUGUGUGUGUGUGUGUGUGUGUGUGGUUCGUCAGCGGAAGCUCAAACAGGAUCCUGUUGAAUGAAGAGUCCUUGAUGGAGCAGUUUGUAGUUCACUUGUUUAUUCAGCCUCACAGAGCUCCUCUCCCGUUGUCUGUGUCUGUGACAAAGAACCCUUUAUGUUUUUUUUUUGUUUGUGGCGAUCUGAUAAUGACAUGUUCAGCUGGAGCUUUAACUCCCCCCCCCUCCGUCUGUCCCAGCUGAGGGUUUCCCUCGAUUCUUUUCAACACAGUCCCAUUCAGAGGAUCCAGCUCCAGGGAGAUGGGGCCAACUAUGUCUUUUGAAUGCUGCUGCUGGCAGAACCGGUUCACUUCAUCCGUCACAUCGCCAGUCGGAGCGAUAAUUUGUUCCACAUUGGAACACGUGAGGCUGAAGUUUGGAGUAGUGGUCCUCAACCUUUCUAAUGGGCUCCCCGAUGCAAGGCUUAAACACCAAGUCGUUUUAAAAAACCUCCACCACAGAGGUUAUGUUUUGGCCCCCUUUGUUUGUUUGUUUGUUCGGCAGCAUUACGUUAAAAAAAUGAAUUAUGACAAAACUUGGUGGAAGGAUGGGACAGGGGCUACUUCCUUAACAUUGCAAUAUCAGAUGUUUGUUUUGUUUUUUAACCUUUUCACUUAUUUCCCAGCAAAUAAUUCAUGGAUCUUGAUUUAAAAAAAAAAAAAAAAUCUGGCAUAUUUAGGGGACUGAUAUCUAAGAGUUUGUGCAAUGUUUUUGGGUGCGGCUUGAUUUGAAUUUAAAGGUAGACUGUGGGGCCCUGGCGAAAGUACGUGCACUCAAACUUUGUCACCCUCUUUCUGGACAAAUUGUUAUUGGCACCGUGUGAAAGUCCACAGGCAGCCGCUGGAAACCACAGUCAGUUUCCUUGUAUGCACAAACAUACAAAGCCAACUCUGAUUCUGAUAAUUCUCUAGUAAACACUGAGUUUCCCAAUAUUCUGUUUUUUUUAAUUGUCACAUUCCAAACAGGCUCCUUUGUGUAAGUUGUGCUUCUUUCUGAGUUGGUUUAAAAAAAAAAAAAAAGUGCAUUAAGUGUUGAACAUGAAAGAAAAGGGCACUUGAUCUUUGUUGUUUGAACGGGGCCUUAAGGAAAUGACUCGUUACUGUUUGUACGUCAGCGUUAUUUGCUAAAAGAUUAAGUUCACUGAUCUGAGCACGUCUGAAUGACCUUUCUGUCUCCAGUGAAACCUUCUGACUCGGGUUUCUCGCCUCUGACUGUGUUUGCUUUACAGGUGUAUGUUCAAAUGUACAAGGGAAUGUACCCGGCACACACACACCACUGUAUAAAAUCCUUCUUUGUGUCGUUCAGAGCUAAAUGAAUCGUUUGUACAGCGUGUCACACACUACUGAUUGUCGAAGACAGCAAACGUAUUGCACACGUGCAGCGGCACAUCCAAAAUAUAGUGUAACUUGUCUUCUUCUCGAUUGUGACGUAACUCCAGAUUAUUCACCGAAUAACAUCGAAGUCUUACCUUGACUAACGUGAAACACUGUAAGAGAUGUCGGUGAUGUACUCACAUGAACUCAAUAGCAUGAGCAACUGUUCAUUUCACUGUGCUGCCACUGUAAAACAAUAAAACACUGAUACUGGUUAAGUGCUAUCUAA